AUGUCUUAUCAAAAAAAAAAUAUAAAUAGAGAAGAAAUUCUGGAAGCUAUGGAGUUUUUCAGAUGCUUUCUAGCCAUAACUUUCCUGUGCUUGGUUUCCGCCGGAAUACGAUCGGAAGAGCAGCGUGAGAAAGAAGUACCAGUGCAAAGCGAGUGCAAUAUAAAUGAAAAAGAUGACGAAGAACUUUCCAUUGAGACAAUAUUGGAGGUAAUAGAGGGUCAUAUACGUAAGAGUUAUCAGGUACUAUGGGAUAUCUAUGAAUUGUGUGAGCGUUUGAAGCUUUAUCCCGAAGACAGUACAACGGAAGAGCCCACGAAUGAUGUAUUAGACUAUUACAAGACAGCUUGGCUUACAUUGGAAGCAGGUUAUUUGCAGGCUCAUGCUAUAGGAGGUAAUAAAUCUGGGACAGGAGUGCUAACAAACACUCAACAAACAACAUAUCGAAUGGUGAUUGAGUUUGAAACAACAAUGCUGUUUUUCGAGAAACAUGUAUUUUACCUCCUUGGUGAUCUGCGCGAUAUUGCCAAUAAAGAGAAGAAUAGAACCGAAGUAAAGAAGAUUGACUUGCUUAGGGCUGAAAGUCACAAGAUGUAUCAGAUGUACGAUGAGUCUAAUAUUUCUAAACGUCUUGAUGAAGAAAAUAUUGGGCAAAAAUGUGAGGAGUGGAUUUAA